AUGGAGUUUAAGCGAGCGAACGCGUGCUUGCGAUAUGAUUAUCAGAUGAUUAAUGUGGAUGGAGAAGAAAAAGAAGUGGUCAAUCAUGGAAUUCAGAACGAAAAGGAAGCAGGAUUUGUUCUGGUCAUGUACCAAUAUCUCCGUUUGUGUGGAUAUCCCGCAGAGAAGAUCACAUUACUGACUCCCUACAAUGGUCAGAAGGAACUGCUUCGAAGUUAUCUCCGCGAGUAUUGCAGAAAGAAUCCGCUCUUUGGAAUGCCAAGCAAAAUCUCCACGAUCGAUAAAUACCAAGGGCAGCAGAACGAUAUCGUGCUUCUGUCUCUGGUUCGAACGCGUUCUGUCGGAUAUCUGCGCGAUGUGCGCCGUCUCUUAGUGGCCGUUUCAAGAGCGAGACUGGGACUGUAUGUGUUCGGAAAGGCUUCGUUGUUCCGCGAGUGUUUGGAGCUGCAGGAGAUCAUGCGUCCUCUCCUCCAAAGACCGCUGAUGCUUCAGCUCGUGGAGAAUGAGUACUAUCCUUGUGAGAGAGGCGUGGACGAUGAGCGAGUUUCGAAGUUCAGAGUGGCGAGCAUUUGA